UAACGAAAUAAAAAGAAAAUAUAUUCAAAUAGUAAGCAAAGGGUUGCCUAAUCUAAAAGGUCCUGAAUUUGGUGACUGAACCCGUUCAAAUUUUACAAACUAAAAAUUAGUUUUUAUUGAUUUUAGUUAUAUACGUUUAGUGUGCUGCAGUAUGAAACAAAAAGCUGCGUUAGUUUUGGCAGUAUUAUUUGUAUUCUGGACCCCUGCAGCUGACGCACAGAUAUAUGUAUGGGUAGGAAAAUUAAUAGAUUUGCUUUUAGAUGCAUCAAGUAUACAAUCAGUUUUAUUUCCUUUAUACCCGGAUCGACAGUCAGAAAUUACUUUGAACGACAAAUUCGACUUCAUCAUAGUUGGAUCUAGUCCAUCUGGCUCAGCAUUAGCCAGUAGACUGACGGAAAAUCCAAAUGUUAACGUCCUUCUGUUGGAAAAUGGAGAAGAAGCAAGUAAAUUAACUGAAAUACCAAUUAUAGCGGGUGCUUUCGGAACUACUCUAUACUCAUGGGGGUAUAAGACGGAGCCUCAGCCUGGAUUUUGUAGAGGUUGCACUAACCACCAAAUUAAAUGGGAACGCGGUAAUGCUUUGGGAGGAAGUACCGUAAUAAAUUAUAUGAUUUGGGUAAGGGGAAAUCGUAGAGACUACGACAAUUGGGCCGAUCUCGGAAAUCCUGGGUGGAGCUAUGAUGACCUUCUGCCUUUAUUUAAGAAAAUUGAAGAUGUUCACGUUGCCAUUAAGGAUGAAGGUUACAGAGGCACUGGAGGACCUGUAACUGUGACUGAUGUUGAAUGGAGGACAAAAGUUUCCGGGGCUUACGUUGAAGCCGCACAACAGGCUGGAUAUAGUUAUGUAGAUUAUAAUGGAAAGGAACAACUGGGGGUAUCUUAUGUACAAGCAACAACUAGAAGAGGUAGACGAGAUAGCGCCGAAAGAGCCUAUCUAAGACCAAUACGCAACAGAAGAAACCUUAAAAUACAAACAAAAUCUAAAGUUACCAAAGUGCUCAUUAAAGAUAACGCUGCUUAUGGCGUUGAGUAUUUUCAUAAUGGAAUUAGACAUAAAGUUUAUGCAACAAAAGAAGUUAUUCUGUCUGCAGGAGCUUUAAAUUCACCGCAAUUACUUAUGUUGUCUGGAAUAGGGCCAAAAGAAGAUCUAGAACCUUUAGGUAUCAACGUAAUUAAAGACCUACCAGUAGGAAAGAAGAUGUAUGAUCAUGCAGCUUUUCCGGGUUUAGUUUACACAUUAAACACAAGUGUUUCAAUAAAUACGAUCAAUGAAAUCUUGAAUCUGGCCAAUUAUGCACGUUUUCUUUUAUUUGGAAGAGGAUUUUUCACUUCUAUAGGUGGAGUAGAAGUUCUCAACUACCUCCAAACAAACAUAACGUCUGGCUCAGAUCCUUUACAUCCAGACAUAGAACUACUGAUUCUUGGAGGAUCUCUGGCAAAUGACUAUGGAAUUGUUUUUAGAAAUAUGUUUAAUGUAUCACCUAAGAUUUACAAUGCAGUAUUUAAGCCUUUGGAGAACAAGUAUACAUACCAGUGUACUCCAGUCUUGCUUCAUCCAAAAUCAUAUGGUUCAAUAAAACUGAGGUCGAACAAUCCGUUUGAUCAUCCGAAGUUUUAUGCUAACUUUUUUUCAGAUCCAGAAAAUGAAGAUAUUAGACGAUUAAUUGUAGGUAUACGGGAGUUCCAAAGAAUUAACUCAAUGCCAGCUUUACAAAAAUAUGGUGCUACUUUGGUAGAGACUCCAAUACCAGGCUGUGAAGACAUAGUAUUUAAUACCGACCACUAUUGGGAAUGUGCGUUGAGAACUGUAAUUGGAAUUUACUACCAUAUGACAACAACAUGCAAGAUGGGUCCUGAAAGGGACAGUGAAGCCGUGGUCGAUAGUAAUUUAAAAGUUUAUGGAGUAGACAAACUAAGAGUAGUAGACACCAGUGUGGUACCUAUACCCCAGUCGACUCAUAAUAUGGCUCCAGCGUACGUCAUCGGAGAAAAGGCAGCAAUAAUACUUAAAGAGUUUUAUAAUAUUUAAGAUUAAAUUAUUUGUCAUU